AUGUCAGAACUGGAGAUUUUACCAUACUCGACCGAUAUCGGGUUUCGCUUCGGGUCGUACCGCCCUCAACCCUCGAGGGGCAAUCUGGCCACUCGAGACAUAUGUGCCUUUAUCCACUGCGUAUUUCUUUACUGCGAACUCAUACCGACGGAUAGUAACAAACAAAAAAUGGUCCUUCGAGCCGGAUCGCGACGACGACGCCAAAACAGGGAACAACUGGUGCCGAGCUUACGACGCCACGACGCCCAGGAAGUUCAACGGAUCGAGCCCUCUGCGGUGACGACAUCCUCUUCAGCAGUUUACACGGACAUCGACGUCCACCCCAUCCACUCGUCCAACCAGGACGCGGCAGCAAAAGAAGUACUGGUGCCGAGCAUUCAACGCCACGACGCCCAGAACGCCCGACGGAUCGAGCCCCCCGUGGUGACGACAUCCCUGCGGAAGCUGCACAUAAUCACUGAAACCACCCUUGUCCACGCGACAAACCACAGGACGCCACAACAAAGGACAGCACAAGAUCAACUUGAAUUAUUAACAAUUGAAAAUGAUGCCGAUCCCGCCGAGCCAGACGAAAACGAGCGAUUUGAAUAUGAAAACCGUUACUACGAAUUAUGUUCAAAGGCGGAAGAAUUAAUCGAUAAGUUUACAAUUAAGCCAUCUAGUAGUUCUACCGAUAUUAAAUUGCCCACUAUCGAGUUACCUCAUUUUGACGGGGAAUAUACAAGUUGGACGGCCUUUUACGAUAGUUUCCGUACCCUUAUUCAUGAAAACACCAACUUAGAAAAAAUACAAAAAUUGCAUUAUUUGCGUUCCUGCCUUGGGGACGAACCAAAACGAAUUAUUGAUAAUCUAUCUAUAUCCGCUCAAAGUUAUGACACUGCUUGGCGAUUACUCAAAGAGCGUUAUCAUAGUAAGCGCUUAAUUGUUCACAAUCACAUCCACGGCCUUUUUAAUUUAACACAAGUUAACAAAUCUCCAAAUUCAUUGCGGACGCUUUUAGAUCAGUUAAAUGCAAAUUUAGAGUCGCUAAAAGCUCAAAAUUUAGAUGUAACUAAUUGGGAUCCAGUUCUUAUUUAUUUGGUGUCCACAAAAUUUGACUUUGUGACAAAACGGGAAUGGGAAUCAAAAUUAAAAAACAAUGAACUGCCAACGCUGAAGGAAAUGACGACCUUCAUAUCACAGCGUUGCCAAACACUUGAAUCAAUGGAAUUUUGCAACUCUUUCGAAGUAAAUUCGGAAAACCCGCGGUACAACUUCACAAAAUCUAAGUUUCCCGAAGUUAAACGUAAAUUAACGAUAUGUCCAAAGUGUAAACAAUCAUCCCAUUGUUUCGUACAACAAUGUACGGCUUUUUUACAACUUAGCAUCCAAGACCGCAUUAACGAAGUAAAAAGGCUAAAACUUUGCUUAAAUUGUUUACGCGAGGGCCACGACGCUAGAUCAUGUACCUCCCGGUAUUGUAGAACGUGUAAUGGCAGGCACCACACAUUACUACACUUACAAAAAAGGGAACCGCAAAGUGUAAAUAACCAUAGCUGUUCGACUGAAUUUAAGUCACUCACGUUGCUUUCCACAGCCGUAAUUAAAAUUAGGGACGGUAAUGGCCAGCUUCACAAAGUUAGAGCGCUUUUGGACAUCGGUAGUGAUAGUAAUUUUAUCACCGAUAAAUUAUGCCGACUGUUAAAACUAAAUUUAAAUAAAUGUCAGGUGUCUAUUGCUGGUAUAGGGCAAACUAGUACUACUCUCACUCGGGCUGCAAAGGUCUUUAUUAAAUCAAUUUGUGACAAUUAUUCAAACCCAAUCAGCUGUUUGGUACUGCCAGAAAUCACCAAUAAUUUACCAGUCGAAACAUUUGACCCUACACCAUUGCGAAUACCGGAUAAUUUAACUUUGGCGGAUCCUGAAUUUUAUAUAUCGGGCGAAAUAGACCUUUUAAUCGGAGCCGGACUAUUUUACGACAUUUUGAGAGAAGGGCGUAUAAAAUUACAAAACAACAUUACUUAUGUACAGAACAGCUGCUUUGGGUGGCUAGUGGGCGGCCCAUAUACAAAUGUGGGUCUGCAGUGUCAAGGGCCAAGAGAAAAUUCCUGCCUCUUAAGCACCAACAGUCUGGAGCACCAGAUGUCAAAAUUCUGGGAAUUGGAGGGCAUGGAUAAUAACGUAAAUUUCACCACUGACGACGAAGCCUGCGAAAUUUCAUUCGUCACUACAACUAAAAGGGACCCAGAUGGUCGGUUUUUAGUAGCGCUUCCCGUUAAAACAAGACCUCUGGAUAUUGGCCAAUCAAAAAGAACCGCAAUAAACCAAUUUAAAAGCCUUGAAGGUAAAUUCGGACGAAACCACGGUUUAAGGGACGAGUAUAACAAAUUUCUAGGGGAAUAUCUUGCGUUAAAUCACAUGGAAAGGGUUACAGUUCCGGACGAUCCUUCCAUUCAGUGUGUUUACUUACCCCACCAUCCCGUUAUUAAAGAAACGAGUCUUACCACCAAAACUCGAGUUGUUUUUAAUGCUAGUUCCCGGACAAGUAAUGGGCAGAGCUUAAACGACAACUUAAUGACAGGGCCUAAUUUGCAAGCAGAUUUGUUCUCGAUUAUAGUUAGAUGUCGCUUACACAAAUACGUACUAUCAGCUGAUCUUUCAAAAAUGUUUAGACAAAUAUGGGUACGACCUGAAGAUCGGGAUUUACUUCGUAUCGCGUAUAGAUUUGAUCAGACGGAACCGAUACAAGCAAGUGCGGACUACCCACAAGCUGCAAAAACGAUUUUGAAUUCGUUCUACAUGGAUGAUUUGUUAGUCGGGGUGGAUAACGUAGACGAAGGUAUCAAGUUACGUGACGACCUAAACAAUAUUUUAAAGGGCGGAGGUUUUGAACUUUACAAGUGGGCCUCGAAUGAAACUAAGCUUUUACCAAACCAGGAUAGUGAAAAUAAUACCGCAGUUGUUAGAUUGGACAGUAAUUUUGAAACCAAAGCACUAGGUCUAACUUGGAAUUGUCAAAGGGACUUAUUCAAAUACCAAUUGGCCGCGAUUAAACUGCCUAAGGUGGCCACGAAACGCAACGUUUUAUCAAUUAUUGCUAAAAUUUUUGACCCUUUAGGCCUCUUAAGCCCAAUGUUAAUAGUAGCAAAGAUCUUAUUACAAAAAUUGUGGCAACUUAAAUUAAACUGGGAUGAACCGAUACCAUCUGAAUUAAGCGAAACCUUUCACCAUUUUUGCGCAAAUUUACACCGAAUCGACGAAUUUGUAAUUCCGCGAUGUAUUAAUUACUUUUCUCCGCAAAUUCUAGAGUUACAUGGAUUUUGUGACACUAGUAAAGAAGCUUAUGGGGCCGCGAUUUAUGUAGUUGCCGUUGGUGAAAACAAGCAACGACAAAUAAAUUUACUUUGUUCAAAAUCUCGUGUUGCUCCACUUAAACCAACAACAAUUCCGCGACUGGAACUAUGCGCGGCGGUUCUUCUCGCAAAACUUACAGUGAAGAUUAUUAACACGUUGGAUAUAUGCGUUGGGAAGAUUUAUUUGUGGUCAGACUCUAUGAUAACCCUAUCUUGGAUAGCAGCUGAGCCAAAAAGAUGGGAGCCCUUUGUCGCACACCGGGUGGCGGCAAUUCAGGAAAUGACAAAAAGGGAACAAUGGCACUAUGUAAAUAGUCAACAAAAUCCUGCAGAUAUAAUUACAAGGGGUAUGUGUCCUAGUGACCGGGAAAAAUUUAUUAUAUGGUUUCAUGGUCCAGCUUUUCUAUUAAAAGAUUCGUCACAUUGGCCUAAGCCUCCUAGUCAUGUAACAGAACUUCCGCCGGAAAGACGCAAUGUAACACUAGUGUCUCAAACACAACCAGAUUUAAACGUUUUCCAUCGAGUUAGCACUUACAAAAAAUUAAAACGAGUAUUAGCUUACUGUUAUCGAUUUAUACACAAUUGCACUCAUAAAACAGAUAAAUUAACGGGUGAAUUAAAGCUAAAUGAACUUCAAACUGCCGAAAAAUAUAUCAUUAAGUUUAUACAGAAGCAAGAAUUCGGUCAAGAAAUUAGUGACCUCAAAAACAAACACGUAUUAAGCAAACGCAGCAAAUUAACCCCGCUUAAUGUCUUUUUAGACGAAAAUGAGAUCCUUAGAGUGGGAGGUCGCCUAAGAAACGCGAACUUAGACUUUAAGGCCAAACAUCAAGUGGUACUACCAAAAAGCCACAUAAUUACAAAGUUAAUAAUACGCGACACACAUGGGGACACUCUCCAUGGUGGACCUCAGGCAACGUUGGCGGCGGUGAGGCAGUUGUUUUGGCCACUUUCUGGCAGAAGUAUUGUAAGAAAAAUAAUCCAUAAUUGCAUCAGGUGUCAAAGAGUAAAACCUAUUAGCUAUGAACAAUUAAUGGGUAAUUUGCCAGCCGACAGAGUAUCUCCUGCUAGGCCGUUUCAAAACUGCGGCAUCGAUUAUUGUGGGCCAAUAUUAAUUAAAGAAAGUCCGGGGCGAGGUAAACGAAACUUUAAAGCCUAUAUCGCCGUAUUCGUCUGUCUGGCUACAAAAGCGGUACAUUUAGAACUCGUACGCGACUAUUCCGCUCAAUGUUUUUUAAAUGCGUUAAAACGUAUGAUGGCACGACGCGGUAAAGUUGCACAUAUGUAUUCAGACAAUGGUUCUAACUUCGUCGGCGGAUAUCGGGAGCUCCAAGACCUCAAAAGGUUACUUGAAUCAACAGUUUUUCAAAAACGAGUCGUUAGCAACUUGGCCGACGAAGGGGUUACGUGGAAGUUUAUUCCACCAAAUUCUCCAUACGUUGGAGGAAUAUGGGAAGCGGCGGUCAAGUCAUUUAAAUACCACUUUAAACGGGUAGCGGGCACCACAGUUCUUACUGUGGAAGAGAUGAGUACCUUACUAACCCUUAUCGAAGCUAUUCUUAAUUCACGCCCCCUUGUUCCCAUGAGUAAUGACCCCGACGACCUGGACCCUCUGACGUCGGGACACUUUCUAAUCGGCACAUCCUUGACGGCACCACCGGAACCAAGCCUUCUACAUCUGCCGGAAAAUCGCCUCUCUCGAUGGCAAAGGGUUGAACAACUUCGCCAACUCUUCUGGGAAAGGUGGACGAGAGAAUAUCUAACAAGUCUCCAAACGCGGACUAAGUGGCGUCGCGAAAAUCCGAUCCCUCUUCAGGUAGGAGCAAUGGUUGUCCUUAAGAACGAAAAUAUCGCACCGCUACAAUGGAAAUUGGGUCGUAUUGUGGAAUUGCAUCCAGGAAGUGACAACAUUGUGCGGGUUGUGACUGUCAAAACAGGCACCGGAGUGACAAAACGCGCCGUCAAUCGUCUGUGUGUGUUACCCAUGGAAGACAGUGCGACGUGUACGGCCGGGCGGGAGGAUGUUUCGUUUCAUGCAGACUCGACCGAUAUCGGGUUUCGCUUCGGGUCGUACCGCCCUCAACCCUCGAGGGGCAAUCUGGCCACUCGAGACAUAUGUGCCUUUAUCCACUGCGUAUUUCUUUACUGCGAACUCAUACCGACGGAUAGUAACAAACAUUGUUCGCUACCAAUUAUCGUAGAUCCACAAAUUGCUUUCAUUGAUUUGCUUUGGCAGAGUGUUCCGUACUGCCCGAAAAUAGAUCUGAUUCAUGAUUUAGCAAUCAAGUGGAAGUCUCACGGUUCAUUAAAGAUGCAGUGGCAGUUGGGGUAA